AUGUUCUGGCUGGCUGACAGGGAGAACUUCAAAAUUCGAAAGGAGUACGUGCAAGAUUGGCUGGCAGAAUGCCCGGAGCUGCUUUUGGUUGAACUAUUUGCGGGCAUUGCGGAGAGCCUCGUAACCAACUCUUGUGUUGCCUUGGCAAGCCUCCUCCUGGAAGUGAAGCAGACCACGAACAACACCAUGAUUGCCCGAUCUAUGCUGUCUACGGUCCAUGGUACCAUGAUUGGUCUUACUGCACCUAUGCGGGUGUACAUGGUUUUCUCACCCAAGCGCGGUUUUGCCUUGUGCCUCUUUGUGCCUCUUCUCGCGGUGAGGCAGCUGAAAGGGCCUGCGAAGAGCCUGCCAAGUUGUGAUGCAUGUGAGGUCCAGCACGUGUUGCAACAGAGGAGAGUGUUUGCCGUGGUUCUGUUCUACUUCAAGUGGACAGUGCGAUGCGAGUGGCAGGGCCCGUAUGGAUUGGUGAAGUUUCAGCUGUUUUUCGAGAAGCUCAGACAGCUGGGCCCUGAAGUCCCGCACGAGAGUCUCAUUCAGGCCAUGAGAGAAGUCGUCCUGGCGGAGGUGGAGCAGAAGGUGCAGGGUAAAGUCGAAGAGCUGUGGGCCAAGGGGAAGCAGGCAUUCAGCCAGGCGCAGCAGAAGCAGCGCGAGCAGAUGCAGCGAGUGCUGGAGGAGGUCGCGCAGUGCCAGGCGCGGCAGGUCUCCCUGGCGGCCGAGAACGAGCGCCUUCGUGAGGCACUCUGCACCCUUUCCUCCAAGUGCUCGUCAUUGCCUGGGUAUGUGCCAGACUCCCUGGCAUCACCAGGCAGCACGUUGGCGGGAACACCCCCACUGCAGGAGGAGCCGAGCUACCCGGCCCGCCCUUUCACGCCGAUCCCCUUCGCGCCAGUCGGCGAUUUCCCCUCCUACGCGGGCGAGGCAGUGCUGCCUGAAGUGCCCGUCAUGCCACUUCCUUCACCGGGAGUGGGAGCACCCGGCGCCCCGGCGCCAUUGUCGCUGGCGGAGGCUCUUGGCCCAGUCUCCACGACUCAGCGCACGCCCCUUUCACUGGCGGAGUCGCUGGUGCCCGAAAGCGAGGGUGGCUCGCCGCAGAGCCAGAUCACCACUUUCAGCGUGACCAUCACGAAGGCCGCCGACACUGAGCUUGGCCUGGAUGUGUCCCAUGAGCCCAGCGGCAACGUGCUGCGAGUGGAUGGAAUCCGGCAGGGCGCGGUGCAGGCCUGGAACCAGCAAUGCCUUGCAUCCUCGCUUCCCGAACAGGUCAUUGCUGUCGGCGAUAAGAUCACGUGCGUGAAUACGGUGGCCGGAGAUCCGGCGAAGAUGUUGAAGGCAUGCGUGUCGCAGCAGACUUUAAGCCUCGAAAUCGAGCGCGAGGAGUGGGGUGCUCAGGGCCGAAGCCACGGAGUUUGUCCCUCGUUCAGGCCUUGA